GUUGCCAUGUAUAAAAUCCAUAAACAAAUGUACUAUCUUUUAAAAAUCUCUACGAACACGAGCAAAAUGUCGCUGUACUUGGCUGUCAAGCUAUUUUCUCAUCGUAAUGUGCCGUUCUGGCGCAUAGUAUGUAUGAAACAUUACGAUUUGGCGUGUGCGUUGUAUUUUAUUUUAGAUGAGAUUUGACGACCGCUCAAAAUAUCUUCAUGGCUUUUUAUUCGACUUUUCUGUGUACCGUUGUUUUCGGUAUUUCGUAAACAUUGGCAAAACAACGCGAUAAUUCAAUGAAGUGUGCGGAAAAUAGUCGUUAUCGCGAGUGAGAAAGGUAUUUAGUGCACAACGGAAGCAGACGGUGGUCGUUUAGUCGGUUUCCGAUGGAGGAGAAGAUGGAGAGUGAACAGAGUUAUAGUGGCGAGAGUAGCAGCUCCUCGGAAAGUUGCAGUGGGACCGGGAGCGGCAGCUCGGAGCCCGACGAGGAGCUCACGGAGCCCGUGCGCCUGCUGGGCCAGAGCCUCGAGCUGCCGCAGGAGCUAUGUGAGAACUAUGGACUCUUCAAAGAGUUCUUCUCCUAUAAGACUUGGGAAGCCUUAGAAGAUACACAUAAGGAGCAGCUCAUGAAAUAUUUGCCUAAAUUUGUACAAAAUGAAGAAGAGGAAAGAGAAAAGACGAUAAAGAUGCUGUUUGAUCAUGAACCAUUUCAUUUCACAUCACCACUAGAAGUGUUUUACAGCAACUUGAAACAGGGAAACUACCGGCCAGACAUAGCGAAGAUGAGAAAGUUUUUGCAAAAAGCAAGGGCUAAGCAACAGAAGCACAAGAUAAAAAGCUACUAUGCUAAACUGAUGCCGGAGGUGUUAAUAUCUCGGGAACGGUUGCUUGCAGCAGCCAAGGCUGCCCCACCUGGCCCCACCCCCCGCCUCCCGCUUCUGCCACAAAAACAUUCCUCCAAAAACUCCUACAAACCCCUGUACUUGCGAGCAAGGCAGAGAUAUUUUGAGGAAUUGGCAGCUAUCCGGAGUGAAGUGGGCGGUGAUGAAUCUGAUGAUGAUAACUAUCCCGAGGGACCUCCAGAGCCGUCCAAUAAAAAACGCAAACACAUGCAUGCUAGCCAGAAUCAGGACAGCAAUGUUUCUGGUACUCUUGGAGGCACAGAAUCUUCACACCCCACAUCUCUGGAUUGUCUAAAGAAUGUCUUAGCAGCUCAUAGAGCUCGAAGACAAUAUAGAGAGAACCAUCCAGAACUAAAUACAACUGGUUUAACAUUAGAAGACAUAAAGCAGAGAGUAGCACUUGUAAAUGGUACAAAAAAACUCAUGUUUGGCGGUCAAAAAUCAGAAACAUCCACACAGAAAGUGAAAAGGGGACCUAAGAAAGAGCCAAGUCAGAGACAAGUGAAAUCUGAUGCCAAAGCCAGUAAGAGAAAGGAAGAGGAUGUUGAACAUAAACCUUUGUUACCAAAUAUUAAAAUAAAGUGUGAGCAAGAGGAGUCAGACUCGGAGAGUUCCUUCGCAGAGCCGAAGGGUGCCAAACAUUCUAAAAAGUUAGGUGAUAAUGUUGAAAUUAAGCAAGAAAUUGUGGAUCCUAAAUACUCUGAUGCAACAAAUAUAAAUUACAAUGAUCCAAAACUGGAAAGUGUCAUCAAGCAAGAGCCUUUAGACCCCACACUUGCACUACAGACUGCUGGUAGAAUAAUUCAACCAGUUCCCAUCAAAUUGGAAGAUCUCGAUGGAAUUGACAUGAUGGCGUUGCCCGUCGAGUUAGCGGACGACGAUCCCCCGUCGAAUACGGAGGAAGCGGUGGAUACAGACUCGGCGUUGACGGAAACGACGCACGCGAACUUCCUGUCGCUGGUGCGCGCGCUGUUCCCGGCGCGGGCGGCGCACCGCGCGAGCAAGCAGCAGCUGCACGCGCGCUGCGCGGCCGUCAUGAGCUCGCCCAUAGCGCCGCUCAACACCUGGUACAGCUUGUCAGAAGAUUGGUGCGCCGAGUUGGAUUCCGCGCUGGAUUUCCUGGCCGGCGAGAGAGGCCCGCACCCUGACGACUUCGUGCCAUACCUACAAUAUAUUCCGGAGACGCAGAUGUACCAGUGGAUAGGCGCGGGUCGGGACUGCGACGCGAUUUUGGGCCGGCUGUGCGAACGCUGGUUCCGCGCCGCGUCGCCCGCGCCGCCCGCCAACGAACCACCACCACCCAGGUAUCCUACGUCAUGGGUUGUGCGUCCUCUUACUAGCGCGGAAAUAGCGGAUUUCCGAGCCCAAGAGAGAAAGAGAUAUGCAGCUUCGGCAAAACCUUUCACUUACGUCCAACACGGGUACCGAGCGGUAGUAGGCCCUUGCGCUCGAUGCGGCGCCGGCGGUGGCGCGGCCAGCGCGCUGCUGGCCGCCUCGCGGCCGCGUCACGCCUCCUUCCUGGCGCUCGUGCGCGACGCCGUGGCGCGCCUGCCCAACGGCGAGGGCACCCGCCACGACGUGCUCACCCUGCUCAAGAUGUCUCAAUGGAUCUCAGCGUGCAGUGACCAGGCGCUCCUGAGCGCGCUAUCCACGGCUUUAGACAGGCUAUUGUCUGCCAAGCGGGACCCCGUUGUAAAAUACGACCAGAGGGCGGCCAUUUGGACAUAUUUGCACAGAAACAGGACGGAAGAAGAUUGGUUGAAGUCAACAGCGCGAGGGCGUCGCGCGGCGGAGAAACGGGAGCCCGAACCAGUGACGCCACCACCUGCGGUGGAGUUAGAAGUGGGCACGGAGGCGUCAGUAUCGGACAGCGACGUGGACGUGGACGUGGAGGGCGGCUUGGGUCCCGGCUCGGCGCAGCUGCUGCUGGCCGCCGCCGCCACCCCCUUGCCCGCGUCCACGCCCGCCCGCGGCCCCGCGGCCGCGUCCACGCCCGCCCCCGCCCGCCCCGCCCCGCGCGGUCCCGCCCGCGCCCGCGCCCGGGAGCGGCCCAAGAGCAAGCCCACCAAGCCGGAUCCGCAGGCGCGGCCGACCCCUACCCAAGCGAAACCUACAGUAGCCCCACCCAAGCCGUCCCCACAACAAAAAUCCACACCAAAGGCGGCUCUCAUGGCCCAGUCGGCCAAACAGGCCAGCCUGGUCGCCCAGGCUGUGAAAAGCAACCUCAUAGCUCAAGCGGCCAAACAGGCCAAUCUAAGUCAGCACGCGAAGCCCGCUCCAGCCAAACCAGUCAACGUGGUUAAGGUCCAGAAACCAGCUCAACCAGUGAGCCAACCGGCCAAGCCGGCUGCGAAGCCGCUUCCAUCGCCCAAGCAAGCCGCGCCCAAGCCGGCGCCCGUGGCCAAGCCGUCUCCGGCCAAGCCGCCGCCGGCCGCGCUGCCCAAGUCCUCGCCGACCCCGGUGCAGCAGGCGCCGCUCAGGCAGAGGACCCUGCUGGUCGAGGCUCCACAACAGAGUAUAACCGCUCCGGUAGUAACGAGUCAACCCACUGCGCCUGUUGUUUCCAUCGUACAACCUGUAUCCACCAUAACGUUACAUCCGGCACCGAACAAGCAGGUAACACAAGGCACGAGAUCGCUGCUCAUAAGGCCGCCUGCUGUACAGACAACUGUCACUGCAGUUGUCUCUACGCCUAUUUCACAGCCGGCCGGCAGCCGGCGCGGCGUGGUGCGCGUGCUGAGCCCGGCGGCCGGCGCCAGCAAGUCGCUCAUCUCCCCGCGCGCCCUGCUGCACCAAGCCACCCCGACGACGUCGAAGAAACGGACUUCUGUGCCAAAUACCAGCUCCAUUACGACUAUCGCGCAGAGUUCCCCCAUGACGACCGUAGCCCUCAGCUCCACCAGCGCGGCCACCGCCGGCACGCGCACCGUCCACCUCGCCGGCGGCCGCACUCUGCAACUAGCGGCCAACCAAACCGUGCACCUGCCCGGCGGGCAGCCCGUGCAGCUGGCAACUAGGACGCUGCAGCUGACCAGCCUGUUGCCAGCUCGCGCGCCUAAGCCCGUGCCGGCUUCCACCGUGCAGCUGACGGGGCAGACCGUGCACCUGGCCGGCCAGAGCGUGCAGCUCGCGCAACACGCCGUUAAGAGCGUUCAGGUGGCCGCCCCGGGAGUUCUCCCAACGCAAACGGUGCAACUACCAAGCGGUCAAACGGUCCAACUCGCCGGCAGAAACCUUCAGACUGUACAACUGGCCGGUCAGAACGUACUCACCAGCCAGAGCUUACAACUAGGUUCCCAGACAGUGCAAUUAGCUGGCCAGACGCUCCAACUACCGAGCGGUCAGACUGUUCAGCUUUCCGGUCAAACGCUUCAGCUACCCAGUGGUCAGACGGUGCAGCUUUCCGGCCAGACACUGCAGCUGGCUAGCGGUCAGACGGUGCAGUUGGCGAGUCAGACGCCGAAGUCCAUGGCGCAGGUUGUGCGUGGUCAGGCGGCCGGCGACAAGUCCGCGCAACCAAUUAGAGCCAAACUACUUACUAAUGCUCAGGGGCAGAUGAUCUCGCUGGAGAGCAUGGUGGGCGCGCGCAUGGUGCAGGCCCGCGCGCGCGCCGCCGUGCGCGUGCUGGCCCCCACCCCCCGCCUAGCGCGCCCGCUGCUGCUCACCGCCGCCAAGCCGCUCCACAACAUCAUCCUGCAGCAAAGCGACGGCAGCACUAUACGAGUGACGUCGAGCGGCGCCGCGGGUUCCUCACAAACUAUAGUAUUAAGUAAUAUUGGCUCGCAAUCAGUUACAACGUCCACUGCUUCGGCGCCGUUGUUAAAAUUGCAACAGGUCAAUCCAAUACAACAAGUUAAAUUUCCCCAAGGAAUUAAAAUUCAGCAGGCGGGAGCGAACGCCACGGUGGCGACAUCUAGCGCCGUCAACGCGGUGCGGAGCGUCCUCAUGGACGGCCAGCAACUCAAACUCGUCGGCGGCAGGCACGUGCUCGCGCGCCUGUUACGGCCGGCGCACCCGCCACAGUGAAGUGAGCUUUAACGAUAUUGGUAUAAGGUUCAAACUAGCUAGCAUUAAGCUAGACGCGAUGCGGAGCAUUUUCAUGGACGGCCAGCAACGUAAACUCGUCGGCUGCAGACAUGUACUGGAGUAAGCGCUACGGCCAGCGCACCCGCUACAGUGAAGUGAGCUCUAACGCUAGUGGUGUAAAGUUCAAAAUAGCUAGCAUGAGCGUUCUAGCGGCGUUAACGCGGUACGAAGGUUGCUCAUGAAAGGACAACCAUGCGAUGUGUUGACAGUAUGUAUACCAAGAUUCUUAUCCUCCUAAGGCCCAGCCAUACGAUUGAAAAAUUCAGAAUUUGCCACUGAAAUUUGAACCUUCAGUUUAGAAUACAGUUUAUUUUGGUUUUGUUUGAAAACUUAACGAAACAAAACAAAUGCGACUCUGUUCCAAUUGAAUAUGAUUUAAAUUUCAUCGAACUGAAUAAGUACUAUAGGUAGGACCUUGGGCCUUAGGAGGAUAUAAUAUACAUGGACUGAGGACACGACUAGUAUACCACGUGCAGCCGCCACAUCGAAGUAAUCUCUUAACAGGAGUAUAAAGCCUUACAUAGACUGAAAUAAGAGCCACGUGCUAGAUUGCCUAUUCAUUGUGCAUAAAUGUUUUCUAUGUUGUUAAGUGGGCAAGAUUGGGCCGUGGCCGUAAACCGAGUCUUACCCUAUUAUUUCAUCUUAAAGCUUCAUUCUUAAUUCUAAAUAUCUGAACCCAGUGUCAAACCAAAAUGUCGCGACAAUGCUGAAGUGGUAUUGGUAUUAACCACCAUCUUUCAAACUUAACACUAAUGGCAUAGUUUUUACUAUAACUAUACGAUUGUAUGGAAGAGGUAACUACAAGAAAUAACUCUUAUUUAAAAUAGAGCAGCAUUAUUGGUAGAUUUCCGCCAUUGUAAUUAAAUCUUUAGUCGUAGCAUAAUGCUUGAGUGUAAAUAAAUACAUAAUUUUGACUAAAUUCAAAAGAGCUUACUUACGUUUUUAAAUGACAAGAAGGAUGCGGAGUGAACAUUUCGUUCGUUAUGAUUGUUUACUUAUACAUAGUUAAUAUUGUCUAUGUUUUAGUGAGUUUGAUUAUCUAUGAAAAUCUGCUGCUACAAAAAAAAGAUAGCGGAAGAAAAAUACAGCAGUUUUUGAAGACAUGCUAGUUUGAUUAACUUUACAGAUUAUUGAAUGAGAUUGCUAAAAUUCGGUAAACAAACUAUUUGUUGGAAUACGAGUAUUCACUCAUAAUUGUAGAAGUAAAUAAUCUCAGUUUAUGAAUUAUUUGAUUCUGAUUGUAAGUCGAACUAAAUGAGCACUUGAAGAGUAAAACUAACAGUAAAGUUGUUGUAAAUUCAGAUUAUUUUCAUAUGUUAAUAUAAUAUUUACUUUAUUGCAAAGCGGUCUAUCUAAAAGGAUAAUAUUAAGUUUCCAUAGAAGAUAUGUUAGUAAAUUGGCUCGAAUCGAGGUUCUUAAUGAGUUAAGUGUGAGUGUAAAGGGAUAGUUUCCCCAAAGAAAUGGGUUAUCUUAUUCAUAUCAUAGAAGGAUAGCUAUGUAUGUUAUAUAUAAUACAAUAUUGAAUGUACAAAGCCAGUAUUUUGCAUUGUAAAUUGGUCGUAAGGUUGCAAUUUGUUUGUAUAAACGCUUAAUGAGAAGUGUUACUUAGUUGUAAAGAUUUUUAAAGUUUAACUCAAUAUUAACAACUCUCAAUUUUUUGUAUAUAUCAGUGUCAGUCUUGGGCGAGAUAGUAUUAUAAUAUUUAUGUUAUUAUUUAUUUUAAAGUGCCAAAUCAGUCGAUCUAUCUAUGUAGAUAGUUGAAAGUGUACCUCAAAAGGCCUUUUUUUCCCGUCAAGUUCUUUUUCCAGUGUAUCAUGUACCUAGUAUUAUUUUUUAUUUUAACUUUAAUGCACAAAAUGAAAAGGUACUCAACUGUAGAGUCAAGCAGACACCCAUACAAAUGGUGUAGACAGAGUUUUGAAGAGCACAGCCGAUCGGUCGAUUGCUUUGGCAACGUCUUAUCUCGGGCAGAAAGCCACGCAGAGAUCUGUCCCUGUCCGCGGAAUCAUAGAGGAAAAUAAGUAAGUUUACAAUGCUCCCUCCAUCCCUUCGGCCGCGUACGCAACCGGAGCUUCGUAACCAGUUGCGAUCGAAUACUUUUUCGGUCUUGUACGAAACCGAUUGCGAUCAAAAACUAUUUUCUUCUCAUACGUAACCAGUUACGAUCGAACAUUUUUUGUUUUUGUACGAAACCUCUCGACCGUUCGUAAAACCAGCAAAGACUUUCUUAUUAUAAAUUUUAAUGUACUAAUAAUGCACACGUUAUACAGGUAAUUAAGCCCGUUUAAGCUAACUCUGCACCGUGUUUGACGAUGUUUCACAUAAACUAACCUUUAUACUAGAUUAAUUUUAGACAUAUGUAACUUUUUAUAUUUACAUAACCAAUUAUGUUUACAUUUACCUAGACCAAAAAUCGGUAAUAGUACGUUAUUGUUGGGCGAGGCUCGGAAGUAGCUACUUGAGCGCCAUUCAUUUAUUACGUAAGACGAUUUAGGGGGGAAGGGGGUCGAAAAAUCGCAUUUUUUCUUACAAGGGGGAGGGAGGGGGUUUUCAUAGUUCUUACGUAAGAUAAUAAAGAUGCGAUUUUUUUAAUUUCUAUGCAAUGAUGACGUUUAAAAUAAUACUUCCAUAAUAUAUGCUAUCAAACACGGUGCAGAGUUAGCUUAAACGGGCUUAAUUACCUGUAUAACGUGUGCAUUAUUAGUACAUUAAAGUUUAUAAUAAGAAAGUCUUUGCUGGUUUCAUGAACGGUCGAGAGGUUUCGUACAAAAACAAAAAAUGUUCGAUCGUUACUGGUUACGUAUGAGAAGAAAAUAGUUUUUGAUCGCAACCGGUUCCGUACAAGACCGAAAAAGUUUUCGAUCGCAACUGGUUACGAAGCUCCAGUUGCGUACGCGGCCGAAGGGCCCUCCAUACAUAGAUAAAAACUCAUGGAGUAUAGAGUGAGUAUUUUAAGUUGACUUAUUUCUCUAUGGCGGAAUGCAAUACUAUACGUCACAACAGAAUAAUUAUUUAUUUCGUUGUUUUCAUAUUAUACCUGUUUCGACGUGAAAUUCAAUUACGAAUGCAAUAUAUUAAGUCAAUUUAA